AUGAAAAAAAUAAAUCAACCAAAUGAAAACGAACAAAAUAAUGAUUAUGCCAUCCAUUUCGAAAAAAAAAAUAUAAUUCCAAAAAAUAAAUAUGAAGAACAUAAUACAUACACUAUUCUACACACAAAUAAGGAUGAUCUUAUAAAAUACAAAACUCAAGACAAAACUCAAGACAAUCAUAUUUCACCAAAUGGUCAUAACAACAUAAAACCAUUCCAAGUAAAAUUUUUAUCCCAUGUCAAAAGUUAUGAUUUAAAAAAGUUAAGUAUUAUUCUUUUUUAUAAAAACAUUAAAUAUUGUUUUUUUGAUAAUAAUAAUAUAUUGUGUGUAUUUUUAACUCCAGAUAAAGCUACAAAAAGCUUCUAUAGUAUUGAAAAAAUAUAUAAUAUCGACAAUCUUUCAUUUAAAAAUAAUGUUACUGAUCAAAAUGCUCAAUACAUUAUUUUUAUAUUCAAAAAUGGAUCAAUAGUUAUAUGGGAAAAUUUUUAUAAUCCAGAAAAAUAUGAUUAUUUUAUAAAUAAUCUUAUUUUAUUUUUUAACCUAUAUUCUAAUGAACCUUUACUCACAUUUGCUAUUCAGAAUGAUAAAAUAUAUUACUCACUAAAAUUGCAAAAGCAGGCAAAUCAAACUAGUAAUAUUACAAAGAGACCAUAUAUCGAAUUAGACACACAAAAUAUAGAAAAUGAAAAUAAUAAUGUAAAUAAAAUAAAUGAACAUAUAAAUCAAGAUCUUACUACAAAUCCUUUAGAGUCAGACACUUUCAAUUAUGAUAGUAGUGAAAAUUAUAAUUUUGUUUUUGAAGACAUCAAUGAAGAAGAAAACCAUGAAAAAAAAAAAAAAAUUUCAAGUAGCAGAGUAAUAUACUUAACAAAUAAUUCUAUAGAACAAAAACUAACAAUAUCGUUUGCCUUGUCUCAAUCUAUUAGAUUGGAUGUACAUGAAUUCCUUAUGGAUAAUGCUAUCAAUAUAUUAUUUACCAUAUCAAAAGAAAUUGCAACAAAUGGGAAAUGCACUGUUUCUAAAAAACAGUUAUCAAAUAUGAUAGACGUCUAUUCUAGCAUUAUCAAUGUUAAUGCUGUACAAGAUUUUUUAGAUGUUCCCGAAUAUUUUUGGAAUAAAGUUCAAUACGAGCACAUGUGGUUUGAGAUGCACAAAUACAUGGAAAUUCCCGAGAGAAUAAAGAUACUAAACAAAAGAUACACAUAUUAUAAAGACUUUUUAAAUGCCAUAAAAUCGGAGGUUUACAAUAAGAACACUUUUAACACAUAUCGAAUUGUUGUUUUGUUAUUAUUCAUACACGUGUUAGCCUUAAUUUUCAAUGAUAUGUUUUUUGAAAAUUGA